GAAGCAAAGCACACGCCCCCUCUGGCCCCUCUUCUCACUUGCCCCUCCCUCGCCUCGUUCCAUUCCAUCUCGCCACUCCAUUCUCUCUCUCUCUCUCUCUUCUUCGAUCGAGGAGAGCCCAUACACAUCCAGCCAGCACAGUAGCCUGCCUGCGUGCCUAGUCCAUCUCGUGUGCAGCAACUUCAACUACUAGUACAUCGCGGCAGCUCCUGCUGUUUCGGCCGGCUUUAUGGCCAUCACCUCACCUGCAGCAACUUCAACUACUAGUACUCGUUACAGCCACAGCGGCUGACCACAGCGCGCGCAGUAACUCUGCUGCAGUCACCUCCGUCACCUGUUACGUCGCCGUCGCGUCGCCAUGGAUCAUCGGUCCUUGAUGGGGAUGAUGCAUCAUGCAUGGGAAUGGGAGUGAGUGCUCGAGGCAAUAUCGAGAGAGAUUUUCUGGUACCGCGCGCUGCAUUCUCGCCGCCCUGUUUGUGAGUUGCUCAGCAGGCAGCAGCUGGUGUCGGUGCUGGCUCUUGAUCUGGAUCUUGCCAUCUUAGAUCGCGGCAGCGAGAAGCAUGAUACCUGCUGGGCGUUUCUUUAUUAUUGCAUCUCGUUGAUCCGGUCCGUGGUGGUGGACGACUGGUGGUGCGCGCGCGCAAGAUGAGCAUCCCGCACCUGUUCCGGUGCCCCAUCAGCCUGGACAUCUUCACGGACCCGGUGACGCUGUGCACGGGGCAGACGUACGACCGCCCCUGCAUCGAGCGCUGGCUCGCCGCCGGCCACCGCACGUGCCCGGUCACAAUGCAGCCGCUCGGCGACGCCGCGCUCGUGCCCAACCGCACCCUGCGCCACCUCAUCGAGCGCUGGCUGUCCGCCGACCACCAGAUCUCCGACGCGACGACGCCCGCCGCCGCCGCCGCCACCAGCGACGACAACGCGGAGGAGCCGUCGCUCGCGGCGCUCAAGCGCUGCCUCCAGUCCGGCGCCGGCAGCGGCGCCAAGGUGGCCGCGCUCAAGAAGGGCGUCGCGCUGGCCUCCGAGUCGGACGUCGGCCGCGCGUGCAUGCUCCAGCUGGGCUUCCUCCCCGUGCUGCUGCAGCUCGUCUUCCACGCGCCCACGACGCGGGACCUGUCCGAGCAGGAGGGGCUUGCGCUGCAGUGCGCGCUCACCCUCCUGCCGUCGAGCCCGGCCUCGCCGCAGCACGGCUGCCUCAACAUGCUCAAGACGGAGGCCAGCCUCACGUCCUUCGUCGGGCUCCUCGCGCGCGGCCCCGCCGCGGCCAAGGCGGGCCUGUGCCGCCUCCUGGAGACGAUCGCCACGGCCGCCGCGACGCGGGACCUGGCGCUCGCCGCCGCCGCGUCGCCGCGGGUGUGGCAGGCGCUUCUGCCGCUGCUUCGGCACGACGACGAGCGCGUCUCGGUCGCCGCGGUGCGCGCGGUGGCCGCGAUCUGCUGCGCGGCCGAGCCCGCGCGCGGCAGCGCCGUCCACCACGGCGCCGUCCCCGCGCUCCUCGGCUGCCUGGCGUGGGCGUCGGCGGGCAAGGGCCGUGGCGCCGCGGCGUGGAGCGCGCUCGCGGCGCUGGAGGCGCUCGCCGCGUCCGAGGCAGGGCGCCGGGCCGUGGCGCGCGAUCCCGGCGCGGUGCGGUCGCUGGUGAGGCACGUGUUCAUGAUGUCGUCGAGUAACGAGGGAAGCGAGCACGCGGUGGCCGCGCUGCUGGCCGUGUGCAGGGAGUCCAGGGCGGCACGGACCGAGGCUGCCGCCGCGGGGCUGGUGACGCAGGUGCUGCUGCUGCUGCAGAGCCAGUGCGGAACCAGGGCCAAGACCAGGGCGAGGUCGCUGCUCAAAAUGUUCAAGUCCAUGUGAAACAAGCGCUUAGUUUAGGUGUCAAUGCUGGAUGUUCUUGGCUUCAAG